AUGACCGACCUCGCGACCUCUCUACGACUGCUGCUACGCUCAUCGGACGACGUCAAGUUUACGCUCCAAGUUUCUGCCCUGACACCAUCGAUCACUGAACGUGACGAUGACACAACCACAUUGCAGAGCAGGAGAAUACUUGCGGUGAUAUUGCAUAAGGAUGAAUUGAACGCGCUUGAGGAGGGCGGUGUAUUUGUGCUCAAGCAUCACCCUUCACGGCAUGAUGCCCCUGAUACCCUCGAUAUUCAACGCGUUUUCCCUAUAUACGAUGGUUUUUCGAUGACCAUGGCCCAAUUGCGCCGCGAAACCACCGACCUUCGUGCCUCAUUCUCUGCGUCUCGUCCUCAGUCUGGGUUCAAGUUGACCAUAAAGUCCCAUGAGGAAUCUCUAUCCUUCAUUACCUACGAUGUCCAAGGGUUGACCGCCAUGCUGGCUGAGUGCAGGCGUUUGAAGAAAAUUGUGGACAGCUUGGAAUCGUCCUCCGCCCCUCAGACCUAUUCAUGGUUGGCUCCGUAUACGUCAGAGCACUCAUCACUUCCAAUAUUCUCGUUGUCCCCGCUCGAUGUUCGCCUGUCGACGCGGCCUCUCCAUGCUCGUCUCUCUUCUGCAAGCGCUGGAUUGCCUGGUGACGAUAUUGAUGACAUUCUGAUGAUACGGGAUGACUGGGUCCGAAAGACAGCGAGGCACCAGGUCAGGAAGGGACGACGAAGAUUGAAUAUCCGUCUUGGAACCUUCAACGUGAAUGGAAAAAUGCCAUCACAAGACUUGUCCUCUUGGAUUCAAGAAAAUGACACCAAUGCCCACGACUUAAGUAUCAUACCUCCACUGACGGAUAUUUCACCGCUGUCAGUGGGAGAGGUAAAGCGAAAUCCUUUGGAUAAUGCUGUCGAUAUUCGAUCAUCAAUCUCAGCUCCGCCGACUCCAAGCACCCUCGUUCCUUCAUCGACUGUUUCCUCUCUUUCUUAUUCUUCUGCUUCCUCUACACGUGUCAUUCAGUCUCCUCCGCCAUUUCCCUCCACGACAUCCUCGGCAAUGAUAGAACCUGCAUCUUCUGCUUCAGCAUUUACGGCUUACACAUAUACCCAGCCAUCUGAAUUAUCUUAUUCCCCAUCGGACAUAGGUCAGGAGCUUGAAGCUGACCCCAUACCCCUUGACCCGGACCCAUACACGCAAAACCAACCUGAUGUUUUCGUACUUGGCUUCCAAGAGCUUGACCUAAGCACAGAAGCUCUCAUCUAUUCCACGGGGACUGCGAGGGAAGAUGCAUGGUGCAUGGCCAUCUUUGCAGCGCUGGGUGAAUGGGGGGAGCAUUAUGUCAAGUUGGCAUCGAAGCAACUCGUUGGAAUGCUUAUCGUAAUCAUAGUGAAGGACGGCCUCAAGGAUUGCUUCAGAGAUGUAAGAACAAGUGCCGCAGGUGCUGGCAUUAUGGGUGUCAUGGGAAACAAAGGUGGCACCGCGAUCCGACUGGCUUUCAUUCCGCCGCCCACGGAAGGCAUAUUAACCCAAGGGCCAACUAUACUGACUUUCGUGAACUCUCAUCUGGCUGCUUUCGACGUGAUGGUCGACAGGCGAAAUGCUGAUUAUGCUGAUUUGGGUAAACGUCUAGUCUUUGGAGGAUCUGAUGUCGAUGAUACGACGACUAUGUGGGAGAGUGACGCGGUAUUUUGGAUGGGUGAUCUGAAUUAUCGUAUCGACCUCUCAGACUUGGAUCUCAGAGCUAUAUUGUCGGAGAAGUGUUGGGAGGGAAACAGAUUCGAGAUCCUGCUGCCCUAUGACCAAUUGAAGACCUCUGUUCAUUCGCAGAAAGCCUUUGAUGUCUUUACAGAGUUUCCCAUUAUGCAUCGCCCGACAUAUCGUUUUAGUCAAGGUAUACUUACCGACUCCAUGGGAUACGAUGUAAACCGCAAACCAGCAUGGACGGACCGUAUUCUCCAUGUUUUCUCCCCCACACAUAUACGGGUCAAACAGACAAGAUACGGUGGACAUCACAAGAUAACAAUGAGCGACCACAAACCUCUGAGUGCUGAUUUUAUAGUUGAUGUUGACGUGUAUGACAAAAACCACAAACUCGCAGUUGCUAAGACCUUGUACAGGCAGCUUGAGGAUAUCGGGUCCUAUGCAAACUUGAAGGUUAAGGUUGAACCGAGCGGAGUGAGUCUGGGAAGGUUAUCGUAUAAACGAAAGCGAACCCAUACGUUUCAGGUGAAGAACCUUGGGAAGGUUCCAUGUACAUUCCGCUUCGUGCCCAUAGAGCCUAAUGCUGAACUCUAUCCCUCGUGGGUACAUAUAGAGCCCAUCACUGGCCUCAUAAUGCCUAUGUCUAAUGUCGAGAUCACGGUCACAGUACAUGUAGACGAGGUGUCUGCCGUUCCACUCAAUGAGGCUUAUCUGACUCGCACAAGUAAUCGCCAACAAAUAGACUGCACCCUCAUCCUUCGUACAUUAGGCAGUGGCGGCAAGGACAGCUUUGUCGUGAUCAGCGGGGAAUGGGAGCCGACAUGUUUUGCUGUUUCCCUGGAUACAUUGACCCGACUAUCCGGGCCUAUAUCACAGCCUCAGUCAAGAUUGCUAGGAGAGGAUGAAAGGGUCAACGCACCAAGAGAGGUGAUGCGACUCGUCGAAUGGCUGAUGGCUUGUCCACGAGAAUCUCUUCAAACCGAACUCUUCUCUUCUCAUCCCUCUGGUGCCGUUACAGAUAUGCGGAAAUGCCUGGACACUGGCUCUCAAUUCCCAUCCACUGUGCCCCCUUCCUUAGCUGGGGCAACGCUCGUAGCAUUGUUGAGCGCGUUACCUGAGAGUGUCAUGCCGCGCAACGUGAACAUACUCAAUAUCGCAGAUCGGGAGGCCGCUUUCGAGAUUCUGGAAACACUACCGACGGCGAAUGUUAAUGUGUGGAUAUCGGUGACUGCAUUUCUGCAUUACAUCGCGCGGGAAGAUGGCGUGAAAGACGCGGAUGCUGGCGAAGAGCCGAAGCAGAAUGAGAAAGCGGCAAGGAUAUCUGCUAUGUUUGCUCCCGUCCUUUUGCGGGAUAUCAGUGAAGCCAGUCCGGUGAAGAAAUGGGAAUUUUUGAUGUAUUUCAUCGCGUAG